UGCUAUUAAAAGAGCCGUGAUCCAGACGAGUACUGCGGCUGGAUGAACAGGGAGGACGGCAGGCUUCAGUCUGCUUUCCUGACCGGACAACAACACACAUUUCCACUGAAGGCUGGCUUAACUCUUUACACACACUAUGAUGGGUGUCCCAUCGGUUAUGGUGCUGCCGCUGCUGAUCGUGGUUUUCGCUGGAGUUUACUAUGUUUACAAUGAGGUCAUGCGCUUCAUGUCCAAGUCCAUGGUGCGGAACAAAGUUGUGGUGAUCACAGACGCCGUGUCCGGAAUGGGAAGUGAAUGUGCCAGACUGUUUCAUGAAGGCGGCGCGAGGCUGGUUUUGAGCGGGCCGAGCUGGGAUAAGCUUGAAUCUCUGUAUGAUUCUCUGUGCAGUGGAUCAGACCCCAGUAAAACUUUCACACCCAAGCUAGUGCUGCUGGACUUCAGCGAUAUGGAGAACAUUUCGGAUGUGAUCACAGAGAUCGGAGAGUGUUACGGCUGUGUGGAUGUGCUGAUAUGCAACAGCAGCAUGAAGGUCAAAGCACCGGUGCAGAAUCUCUCUCUGGAGAUGGACAAAACCGUCAUGGACGUCAACUACUUCGGGCCCAUAACGCUGGCCAAAGGCGUUCUUCCGUUAAUGAUCACGAGACGGACGGGUCAGUUUGUGCUGGUCAACAGCAUCCAAGGGAAACUGGCUCUACCAUUCCGAACAUGCUAUGCCGCGUCCAAGCAUGCAGUCCAGGCGUUCUUUGACUGUCUGAGAGCAGAGGUGGAGGAGUACGGGAUCUCCGUCAGCACCAUCAGCCACACCUUCAUUAGCGCAGUAGCAGAGAACGGCGCUCCCUCCCAAACGCCGUCCACCAACCGCCUCUGGGCCUACAUCUCUAGUAAGCUGAACACUCACGGCGUGAGUCCCAGCAGUCUGGCCCACGAGAUCGUGAGGACGGUGAACCGGCAGAAUCGAGAGGUUCUUCUCGCCCAUCCCGUGCCGUGGGUCGCCCUCUACAUCCGCUCGCUGCUGCCCAGCUUCUUCUUCGCUGUAGUGGCCGCUGGCGUGAAGGACGGAGCCAUGGCCGAGCAGCUGAAAUAAAGAGAGACAGCUUUGAACUGCUACAGGAUCGAGGCGAAACACUACAAGUGUAUUAAACAAUAGAUAUCACACUUCCCCAGUUGAUUAAUCCCAGUACAACUGCUUUCUAUUAAAAGUUUUCUGGAAUGGUAUGUUUAAAUAUGCAAAUGAGGCAUUGUCUAAAUGAAGUAUGCACUCAUUUGUAUACAUUUCCAGAACAGAAAUCAGAAAUUUGUUGACACAUUAUUGGUUUUCUCCAGAGGGGGUUUUGGAUUUCUCUUUUUAUCACUCCAUACAUCAGAAAAUACUGUCAACAGACAGAAAACAAAGACAUUUUCACCAUAUUUAUAGGAAUAACAUGUUGUAUAAAUCCGUGUGAAUGAUAUAUGAACAAGCCCCUCAGGAAAAGCCUCCAUUCAGUAUAUAGAUAGGAAUAAAACUGAAUGUAAGAGAAAAAAACUCUUUAAAGAAUUGAAAUAUACAGAU